CCGGUGUUUCCCCCCAGAUGGAGGCGCCGGUGGUGCCGGUGUUCUGCACGGGGGUGUCGGCGCAGGUGCAGCGGCAGCGGGCCAAGGCGCAGGGGCUGGGGCAGCACGCGCAGGCGCUGCGGUACCUGGGGCAGGAUUUCGGGCGGCUGCAGGAGGAAUGCCGACGCUCCGGAGCCCUCUUCCGCGAUCCCGCCUUCCCGCCGGCUCCCGCCUCCCUCGGCUUCCGCGAGCUGGGGCCCGGCACCGCCAAGACCCACGGCGUCCAGUGGAAGAGGCCCACGGAGCUGUGUCGGAACCCGCAGUUCAUCGUGGACGGGGCCACGCGCACCGACAUCUGCCAGGGAGCGCUGGGUGACUGCUGGCUGCUGGCGGCCAUCGCCUCCCUCACGCUCAACGAGAGCCUCCUCCACCGCGUGGUGCCGCACGGGCAGAGCUUCCAGCACGGCUACGCCGGCAUCUUCCACUUCCAGAUCUGGCAGUUCGGGGAGUGGCUGGACGUGGUGGUGGACGACUACCUGCCCACCAAAGACGGCAAACUCCUCUUCGUCCACUCGGCCGAGGGCAGCGAGUUCUGGAGCGCCCUCCUGGAGAAAGCCUACGCCAAGGUGAACGGGUGCUACGAGGCGCUCUCGGGGGGCAGCACCUCGGAGGGCUUCGAGGAUUUCACCGGCGGCGUCACCGAGUGGUACGACCUGCGCAAGCCCCCGCCCGAUCUCUACCAAAUCAUCCUCAAGGCGCUGGAGCGCGGCUCCCUCCUCGGCUGCUCCAUCGACAUAACGAGCGCCUUCGACAUGGAGGCGGUGACCUUCAAGAAGCUGGUGAAGGGACACGCCUACUCGGUGACGGGGGCCAAGCAGAUCAACUACCGCGGGCAAUCCCUGGGCCUGAUCCGAAUGCGCAACCCCUGGGGGGAAGUGGAGUGGACGGGACCCUGGAGUGACAGCUCGGCCGAGUGGAACGCGGUGGAGCCGGCGCUGAGGCAGCAGCUGGUGGUGAAGAUGGAGGACGGGGAAUUUUGGAUGUCCUUCCGGGAUUUCCUCCGGGAAUUCACCCGCCUGGAGAUCUGCAACCUCACCCCGGACGCUCUCCAAUCCCGAAAAUUCCGCAAGUGGAACACACAACUCUACGACGGGACGUGGCGGCGCGGCAGCACGGCCGGCGGCUGCCGUAACUACCCCGCCACUUUCUGGAUCAACCCCCAGUUCAAGAUCCAGCUGGAGGAGGUGGAUGACGACGGGGAUGAAUUCGGCGGGAGGGAGCCCGGCUGUAGCUUCCUGCUGGCGUUGAUGCAGAAGGACCGGCGCCGCGAGCGCCGCUACGGCAAGGACAUGGAGACCAUCGGGUUCGCUGUCUACGAGGUUCCUCCCGAGCACGUGGGGAAGUCGGGCGUCCACCUGAAGAGGGAUUUCUUCCUGGCCAACGCCUCGCGCGCCCGCUCCGAGCAGUUCAUCAACCUGCGGGAGGUGAGCACCCGCUUCCGCCUCCCGCCCGGCGAGUACAUCGUGGUGCCCUCCACCUUCGAGCCCAACAAGGAAGGGGACUUCGUUCUCCGCGUCUUCUCCGAGAAAAAAGCCGGCACCGAGGAAAUGGAUGACAAGAUCCAAGCCACGCUCCCGGAUGAGAAAGUGCUCUCCGAAAGCCAAAUCGAUGAGAACUUCAAGCAGCUCUUCAAGCAGCUGGCGGGGGCGAAAGUGCUCUCCGAAAGCCAAAUCGAUGAGAACUUCAAGCAGCUCUUCAAGCAGCUGGCGGGGGCGGGACCCCCCAUUUUUGGGGGGGAAAUGCAGAGCAUUUUCCGCAAGUUCGACCUGGACAAGUCGGGGAGCAUGAGCGCCUACGAGAUGAGGAUGGCGCUGGAAGCGGCAGGUUAUAAAUUGAACAAAAAGCUGCACGAGCUGAUCAUCACCCGCUACGCGGAGCCCGACCUGGCCAUCGACUUCGACAACUUCGUCUGCUGCCUCGUGCGCCUGGAGACCAUGUUCCGGUUUUUCCAAGCGAUGGACGUGGACCAGGACGGCGUCGUCACCUUUGACUUGCUGCAGGUACCCGUGGGUGCCCUGUGGGGCGUUCUGGCCACCCCCAUCCGGGACAUGGGGCUCCCCUCACGCUUUGCCAAAGAAACCACCCCUUUCUUUACCUCUCGCCCGGCUGUUUUGGGGGGAAUUCUUACGGUUUUUGUGCCUCUUCCUGCCAAAGGAGCCCUG